AGCUGUUGCAAAAAACGCCGCCUCGUUUGGUGCGCCGCGCGAGCCGCUGCGCACCCACUGGAACUGAGAGCGCAGUCCAUUACAGUACUGAGCUUCAGCGCGGCGCCUACGGUCGAGCCCCGACGUGAUUAAGACCGACAAUGACCACCAUGGCGCCUCCGCCGCCCGCGGGCUCGACCCCGGAGCCGCUGCGCGAGAUCAAGCGCCAGCGCCGCGAGAGGCUGGCCAAGCCCGACGAGAACCUCGGUAACGAUACGGUCGAGAGCUACCUCAUGAAGCAGCGGGACCUCAUCCUCGCGGAGAUGGACGGCCUGACGGGCCGGCUCGUCGCUGACCACCACGACGCCGUCUCCAAGGCCAAGGAGGCGCUGCGGCAGGAGUGCCCCGCGGCGAAGCCGAUCGCGGGCCCGCGCGCGGUGACCAUGGUGGCGACGACGGGCCCCCACAAGGGCAUCGCCUUCAAGAUGACGGUCGGCGCGGCGGCCUGCUUCGUCGGAAGGUCUGGCGGCAAGAAGUUCCGCGAGAAGGGUAUCAGCCUGCCCAAGGACAACGAGGUCUCGACGACGCACGCCAAGAUCGAGCUGAAGAACGACGAGAUCGUCCUCGUCGACGUCGGCUCCACGAACGGCACGUCUAUCGACGGCGAGCCCAUCGAGGAGGGCAAGCCGCACCCGCUCGCGGCCGGCAACACGGUCGUCUUCGGCGCGUCGACGUUCACGGUCAGCGAGAUCAAGGCCGCGUGAGUUGCGUGCCACGGACUAGUUUACUAAGAACAAGACCUGUUGAUA